UUGACAUUUAGGAACUUUCUAGUAAUUUUUUCGAAAAUUGUGGCGAUCCUGCUUCUCGAAACUAAUGAACUGAUCAUUUUCACACGUGCUGUAUGUUUUAUCCUUUGUUCGCUGAUACGUGAUAUAUACAUAUGAAUACUUAUGAACAAUGUGAUCGUUGUAUUCGAAUGAUUUUAACAUUUUAUUUUAUUAUUUCGUUUUACGAUGCAAGUCUCCUGUCCAAACGAUGUGAAAAUCUAUAAUUUAAGUGCAGGAAAAUCCCUGCCAGAGUGGUUAUCUGAACGUAAAAGACGAGCUUUACUAAAAAAGAAUGUCGACAUACGACGUAGAAUCGAACUUAUCCAGGAUUUUGAUAUGCCUGCCGUUAGCACAUGUAUUAAAGUUACAAAAGAUGAACGGUAUAUCAUAGCAACAGGAAUAUAUAAGCCACGAAUGAAGUGUUACGAUGUAAAAAAUUUAUCUUUGAAGUUUGAACGAUGUUUCGAUUCUGAAGUGGUCACUUUUGACAUAUUAUCUGAUGAUUAUAGUAAAUUGGUUUUCUUACAAUGUGAUAGAAAUAUUGAAUUCCAUGUUGCGCAUGGAAGAUAUUAUAGAUUCAGAAUACCUCGUUUUGGUAGGGACAUCAAGUACCACUAUCCAUCUUGCGAUCUGUUCGUUGUAGGAGACAGUAACGAGAUUUAUAGGAUAAAUCUUGAAAGAGGACAAUUUUUGCAGUCUUUUUUCACAGAAGCAUCCUCAUUAAAUAAAUGUGAAAUAAAUCCCAUACAUCAACUGCUCGCUGUUGGAACAGAAGAUGGGAAAAUUGAAGCAUGGGACCCUAGAACUAAAAGUAAAGUUGGUACUCUAGACUGUGCGUUACAUUGUGUUGAGCAAGGCAAUAAAUUGGAAGCUAUUCCUGCGGUUACUAGUUUAAAGUUUCAAGGAGGUUUAACAUUUGGAGUAGGUACGUCGACCGGACAAAUACUGUUGUACGAUAUUCGUUCGAAUAAACCAUUUUUGACAAAGGAUCACAUGUAUGGAUUACCGAUUAAGAACAUUGAAUUUCAUCAAAAAAUGGAUAUGGUCUAUUCUAUGGACUCUUCUAUUGUGAAAAUAUGGGACAGAAAUAAUGGUAAAUUGUACACGUCGAUAGAAGCCCAAAGCGAUUUUAAUGACAUGUGCGUUAUACCAAACACUGGAAUGCUUUUAAUCGCUAAUGAAAAUACGAAAAUGCAAACGUAUUACAUUCCUUCUCUUGGUCCAGCACCCAGUUGGUGUAGUUUCUUAGACAAUUUAACAGAGGAAAUGGAAGAAUUAAAUUAUGAAAUUAUUUAUGAUGACUAUAAAUUUGUUACUGAGAAAGAAUUGGAUGAGUUAGGUCUUUUACAUUUGAAAGGCACUAAUCUUCUUCGUGCUUAUAUGCACGGGUACUUUAUGGAUAUUCGGUUAUAUCGAAAAGCGAGAGACGUAAUGAAACCGUUCGAAUUCCAAGAAUACAAGAAAAAGAGAAUUCAACAGAAAAUAGAAGAAACUCGCGGUAGUCGAAUACAGAUCGAGAGGAUGCCAAGUGUAAAUAAAGAACUUGCAUUGAAAUUAAUGGACGACGAGACAAACACGAAAAAGAAGAAAACAAAUUCUUCCGCCCUUCUAAAAGAUGAGCGUUUCAAACAACUUUUCACUAAUCCCGAUUUUCAAGUGGAUACGAACUCGGAGGAGUAUUCGUUGUUAAAUCCCGUCGUUUCUCAAUUACAUAAAAGUAAAACAGCAAAGUUGAAAACCAAAGCAAUGGAACAAACAAUGGAAGUGGAUCAUAUAAAUGACGAGAACCAAGAUAAUAGUUCGGAUGAAAGUUUCAUUCACGAUGAUAGUAGUUCGGAGGAUGAAAAAGUAUGGGUUAAAGAAGUAAAGAAACAAUAUCGGUUAAUGAAAAAAAACGAGCGGCAAAAACAAGAGGACGAUGAAGACGUAGAAAGCGCUGAUGAGCAGGCGGAAAAUGGGCCUCGGCUUUAUGAAAUUAAAGAUAACGUAGAAUUCAAAGAUGCAAAGCCUAUAGCAAAGAGACAAAAUAAGGCUAGCUUAGGAGAAAGAUUAAGACAUCAAGAAGCUCACAGUGUCGCAGUUUCUGGUUCCCGUGGCAAUAGAGAAAUGACGUUUGUCAUCGAAAAGAAGAAACAAACAAGACGUGCAAAAUUUCGAAUACAAAGACACGAUAAAGGAUACAAACAUUUAUUGCGACCAGCAGGAAAUUUAUUCAAAAAGAAACGUUAAUAUUUAUUGUUGUAUUUACCUCUUUCUUUUUUGUUUUUCUUUUUUUUUAAU